AUGUCCGAAAGUCUUCGCUCCCAGCUGUGCCUUGGGUUUCGGCGUCACUUGGAAUGUCUUGACACGUGGGGACCAGGAAGCCUUUCAGUGAUAAUGAAGCCAACGCGUGAGCAAGGGCCGAGGGCAAGCAGGUCGGUCCGCGCCCCCAAAGUCUCAUCCGAAGCAUUUCAGCACCCCUUGCUCCUUGGGCCUCACAUUGCGUCUUUUCGGUUCGCAUCGCAGCUUACUCCAAUACCAUUCGCAUUCGUGAUCUCAGCGCCCGACGAGCGCACAAUCAGUGGCUUAGUCCAGUCGCCGACCUACCCCUUGCCUGUAAGAAUGAGACACGUCGGCCGAUGGCUGAGUACAAUUAUACGCUCUUGA